AUGUCUGCAAAAUUGAGAGAGACAUCAAAACUCCUUCCACAAACUUCAGGGGACCCUGACUGCAUUCUGGUAAUGAAGGUGGAAGAGGGAGGGCAGGCCUCUAAUAUGGUCUCCAGCCGCCACUGGAGCAGCUACUACAGCUCAGAGACCUACCGCCAGCGGUUCAGGCAGUUUGACUACCAAGAGUCAUCUGGGCCCCGGGAGGCUCUGAGCCGGCUCCGCGAGCUGUGCUGUCAGUGGCUGAGGCCAGAGGUGCAUAGCAAGGAGCAGAUCCUGGAGCUGCUGGUGCUGGAGCAGUUCCUGGCCAUGUUGCCUGAGGAGCUGCAGGCCUGGUUUGAAGAGAACCGACCAGAGAGUGGAGAGGAAGCCGUGGUGAUGCUGGAGGAGCUGGAGAAAGAGCAUGACAGGGCGGCUGAACAGGUCUCUCUUGGACGAAAUGAGGACAUGCUUGCAAAGAAGCUAUCAACUUGUGAAAUCACUCAGGAGACACCACGUAGCCAGCUUAAGCCCACAAAAAAGCAACUGCAGUGGGCAUCGAAGGAGCAUCACACCUUAAGACAAAAUGAUAGAGACACCGGAACUAUAAAUGUGAAAUCAGCUUCAAGGCGAAAGACUUCUUCAGGCAAAGAACUGCAUCACAAAGUUUCUAACACUCUUCAAAUGAGUGCUUCCCAGAGUUUCACAUUUAGAGGAACCUGUGAACAAGAUAGAAAGUUUGAAAGAAGACAGGGAAACCGUACUCGAAAAAAACAACACAAGUGUAAUGAAUGUGGGAAAGUCUUUACUCAGAGCUCAGCCCUUAAUCUACAUCAGAGGAUCCACAGUGGAGAGAAACCUUAUACAUGUGACGUGUGUGCAAAGGCUUUCAGCCGAAGUGCAAUCCUGAUUCAACAUCGAAGAACCCACACUGGGGAGAAACCCUUCAAAUGUCAUGAUUGUGGGAAAGCCUUUAGUCAGAGCUCGAAUCUUUUCAGACAUAGGAAAAAACAUACUAGAGAGAAAGUCCCAUCAGUGCUGUGAGGGAGUCAAAACAUUUAUUGAGAACUUUUUCAACAGGGGAGCAGACACAAGGCACCAAUACUCCUUUAGCAUAAAUCGGUAGUUUCAGUGGGCACCAAUUUCCUUUCAAAGGUUGUAAAAGCCACAGGAGAGAAUGUAGAAUAUUUUCUGUCAGCAUUGUUUGCUUUUCUGUACAGUGUCAGUUCAGGUGAUUGAGAUUCUAAAGCUUUGCUUUUGCUUUGCUUUUGCUUUGCAGUACAGUGUCAGUUCAGAUGAUUGAGAUUCUAAAGAUUAAAUCGGAUUUCCAUCCCUAUUGCAACUCUUGAAAAUAUACUCUCAGACAUGUUCUACUGUUUCCGUUAUUAACACAAAUAAUGAACUAGUAUGUUCCUUUUUAGACAAGUACAUUUUCCCUGUUGAGAAGGAGUGUGUGAGUUAGUAUAUAAGUGGGUAUUCUCCAUUUCAUUACUUGCACACUGGAGUUACUAGACCAAAGAUUAAAUCAGUUUUUUAAAAAAAUUUCCUGGAAAUUCUCUGGCUGUCCAGUGGUUAGGACUCCACACUUUCACUGCUGCAGGCCUGGAUUCAGUCCCUGAUCAGGGAACUAAUAUCCUCCAAGUCAUGUGGCAUGGCCAAAAAUAAUAAUAAAAUAUAAUACAUUUCCUGUUUUAUUUUCUGUUACCAGAUUCAAAAUAUGAGAAUAGGAUUGAGGAGACCCAAAAGAAUAUGUACCUCAAGACCUAAGCUGAAAUGUCCAGGGUCAUUGUUAGGAAGCAGGUGAGUAAAGGGACUUUACUCGUCUCUUACAAAAACCUGAGAACCUACAUACUGUUUUGUUUCAAUUUUUAAAAUUGAGGUUUAGUUGAUGUAUAAUAUCAUCUAUACAUACUGUUGAUGAUACUAAGUAAUUUCCUGUGUAGGAAAAAAAAAAUUAUCUCCUUUACAAUUUAUAUUGGAAAUAUCUCAGUGAAAGCAUUAAGAUUUGCUCUACGUGUCUUUAGGAAGUGGCCUAAAUAUGAUGAGUGUUCUAAUAAUGAACAGUUAUCUGUGGGUGCUUAUAUAAAGUUGAUGAUCACCUUAACAUAAAGAAAUAAGGAAGAUGAAGAAAAGACUGUCCAAACGAGACUGAUGUUACCUGGUAAGUGCAGCACAUAAUGGAGAACUGUACUUACCUGGAAAUGGGAACCCUUAACAGCUGGUGACUAUCCUUCAGAGUUCUUCAUGGCCUCUGUUCUGGCAUAAAUCAGCUGUGAACAUGUUUCAGGCAUCCCAGGACAACCUUUUCAGGGUCUUAUGCAUUCUUAGUAAAUGAGUUUCUAGACAAUUUAUCAUGAUGUUAAGAUCUUGGAUUUUGAUACUCUUGUACAAAUGAGAAAAUCACUAAAGUUCAAUUUAAAGAGUCCAUUGAGUUUAACCCACAUUUAAUUCAAUCAGAUUCUCUUGUUUAAAAAGUAAAUGACUGUUUUUUUUUUUUUAAGUAUUCUGACAAUAUAUAACAUAAUGUCCCCCUUUCCAGGGAUUCUUAAUAAAACUCUGUAUGUAUUACAAGAAUACAUGGAUUGUCAUGUCUCCUAUGGUGCCACCGUUACCCAAUAUGGAGGCAACCAUGAGAAAUGAAAGUCCUUAGAAGGAGAAGGGAAGAUAGGCCUCAUGGUGAACUUUGUACCUCAUGAAGGGUAAACAUUUCAUUAUCAGAAAAUCCAGUCAUAUCUAGUGCUUGGAGUAACUCCUGAGACAAAUGUGGGAUUACAUGCUCUGCUUAGUUAGAAUAUUGAUAAAUAUUAGAUUAGUAAGGGGAGAGGAGAAUACAAAUUUUAAUUUUAGAAUUUUCUGAUAGUGAUUAUACUUUGUAGCUCUAGUAAAUAUGAAUAAGUAUUGAGUUUCGUACAUUUUCAUUUAUUAAAAAUGUAGGAGUCUUUUUAUUUGGGUCUCAUUCUUUUUGUAAUUAAAGAGAGGAACAAGCCAUCUAUUAAAGCAGCAAAUGCCUCAAAAGAUACAUGUAUUGUGAAUUACUGCUUAAUCAUGGAAAGUUUUUUGGGUACUAUGUGAAUAAAAUGACAGAAUCUAAAUCAAGUAUUCUGAGGGAAGCGUCUUUCUUCACUUGCUUCUGCCAUAAACUUUGCAAGAUUACAUUGUCUUCAGUGUGAAUAAUCUGAACUUCUCCACCAGACAGUGAUGUGAAUCAUAUCAUCUUAGAAUAACGAAUCUUUAAAGGGUGUCGCUGAGUACUCUAAGUUAUCCUGCACUUACACAGGUCUCCUAAUAAGUAGAAGGUGCUAGUUUAUCUAACUGGAGAAUUAAUAUGACUUGGUAUAACCUUGAUAAAAUUAGCAUAUUAGCAUCCCAUCAAACUGAUUAAUUUCCACAGAUAGUAAAUACUCCAAAAUGAAAUUGGUGUUUUUUAAAUGAAUUUCACUUCAUCUGAGCCUUUAUUAUUAUCUCUAAUCCUGUGUUCCCUCUUUUUCUCCCAUUCUCUUCAGAGACCAGGUCAGGUGUUUGUCACUGUCCUUGAAACUUCCUGUAUCAGGAAUGCUUCUGGAUACAAAAUCCACCUUUGGUGGCUUAAACAAAUUAGACUUUGCAACCAGAAAUCUGGAGGCGAGUUGCUGCUAGCUGUCAAUCGGCAGCUGAACAAUGACUUGUCUGGCUGCUGUCUCUGCACUUCUUUGGGCCUUUCCUUCAUACUUAUUUUCUCAGAUAUACAAGAGAGCUGUCCCAGCUCUGGGAAUGGCAUUUGGGGUCAAGUCAGAGAGGAAGAGGGACUCCAGCCAUGGCCAUGUCCUCUACUAGGAAAAGGGAAAGCUUUCCAAGAAACCCUAGCAAAAUUCUGCUUAUGUUUCCUUUUUGCAGGUGUGUCUAGGAAAGCCAGUGUUUUCAACUCCUAGAGGGAAAGCAGCAGGGCAGAUGGGGAUUGGGAACCACACUGAGUCAGCCAACAGUGUUUGCCAUACUCCUUCUUGGCCACUUUCCUUUUCAUGAGCAGAUGGCUAUGAUUUUGCCUCCUUCAUUAUCAAUAAAAAAAAAAAAAAGAUGAGAACUCCACCAAGUUUGUCAACUUAUCUACAUCUCACCCAUCAUUUCCUCUCCCCUUCCUUUCAGAAUGAAAGAGGGGUCUCUCUUGUCUGGUCCCUCAGCAUUCCUUCCCACCUCUGAAGGAUGUUGGCUGCCAUCAGUUAUUCUCUUUUUUAGUCAUCCUUUUGCUUUCCUUCAGGAUCCAUCUCUUCAACAUUCAAAUAUGCUGAUGUGACUUUUCUAGCAUAUUCUUAAAAAUUCAAGAUGGUGGCUAAUCCCUGAGUCGGGGGGAGCAAAAUGGCCCUUAGUUUUGCCUCCUUCAUAUGCAUCCAUCUCUUUCAAACACAGUGAUCUUUCUAAAACAUAAAUUUGAUCAUGUACCCUCCUUGCUUAAAACACAAGCCACCCAUUGCUUUUUUCCCCCCUUUGGCCAAGCCACGAGUCUUGCGGUAUCUUAGUUCC